ACGUUGCAAGGUCGCGAUAUCUACUGUUGCAUUUGUAUUCAUAUCUGCAGUCUAUCUCGUGCUUAUUGCUCGUGAGAAGAACAGUACUCAAAUUACAUUCGGAAUACAAUAAAGGAGCAUGCAACGUUGGCAAGGCAAGACUGCUGUGAUCAGUGGAGCUAGUGCCGGCAUUGGCGCCGCCAUCAGCGUGGUGUUGGCGGACGCGGGAAUGAGGGUCGUCGGUCUAGCGAGGAGACCACAGCUAGUUGACCAAUUACAGUCUCAAGUGAGAGGCAACGGUUCGAUACACUCGAGGCGAUGCGACGUAUCGAAUUCCGAUGAUGUGGCAGCGACAUUCAAAUGGAUCGAUGAGCAGUUUGGUAACAUUCACGCUCUGGUCAACAACGCUGGGAUAUUUCCAAAGGGACAUAUCACUGAAAUAGGUGAUAACAUUCUUUCUGAAGAAACGUUGAUGUCAGUAGUGGAUAUUAAUCUAAAAGGACCUGUGAUGUGUGCGCGACAUGCCGUCGCGUCUAUGAAGAGGGCCAGCUUUGAUGGACAUAUUAUUAAUAUAAACAGCAUUUCCAUUGCACAUUGCAAGGUCGCAAUAUCUACUGUUGAUGCAGAGUUGUAUCAACAGUAG